GCUACGGUUUCUACGGUCGAGUUGUCAAGGCUAAAGCAAACGGGAUCCUGAAGGAAGGGGAAAGCACCACAGUCGCCGUCAAGAUCUUGAGGGCCGCAUAAUGAUAUUUUCCCAGAAAACCCUUUCUACAUGAUAAUGGAGUACGUUCCGAAUGGCACCCUGGAGGCCUACAUCACGAAGAAACGAGUGGCCUGGACCGAAGCAAAUCUUACCACUGGACUAAUGAAGGAAGCCAUGAGCCCCAUUCGAAUUCUUAUGUUCGCUUUCCAAAUCGCUAGUGGAAUGGAGUACUUGUCUUCCAUGAACUUGGUACAUCGUGACCUUGCUACUCGAAAUGUCCUUCUUGGUGAAGGCAUAACCUGCAAAUUGUGUGACUUUGGCUUGACACGUGACGUCACAAGAACUGGGCAGUACAAACAGACAUCCGAGAAUGCAGUUCCUUUUCGCUGGAUGGCUCUUGAGUGUCUUUGCCACAACACUUACACAACAAAAAGUGACGUGUGGUCAUUUGGUGUUCUUCUGUGGGAACUGGUCACGCUGGGUGCACAACCCUACACAGACAUGUCUUUAGAGGCCGUGGUUAUCUAUCUUCUUGAAGGAUUUCGUCUUCCAAGACCUGCACAUUGUGGAAAAGAAAUUUAUGACUUGAUGUUGGCGUGUUGGAAUACUGAUCCCGAAUUAAGACCAAGCUUUAUUGACCUUCGACAAAGACUGGACUAUCUUUUGGAGUUCUACCCGGAUAUCCUGGACAUGACCCAGUUUACGGCUGAUCUGUACCUCUACCAAAACCCCUUGGCACAAACCUGUCUCAUCCCGGAAGAUAAUCAGCAACUCAGUGGAUAAUUAGUUUCUCAUGGGAGUCGUCUAUUAUGGUCAUUGAAACUGUUACUCGUUUUCCAGUGAACGACGGUCACUAUCAGGGCGUGUCAUGAUCGGAACUAGGAUUUGAAUUUGGGAUUUGCUUAGGAGCCGAGAACUGUUAUUAUAAUUUCGAUAAAGUUUCUUACGGUUAGCCAACAAAUCCCAAAACAAGUUCGAGGUGAAAUAGAUUAUGUUCUGCUUUUAUAAAUGUGAAGAGAAUGCAUUGUAAAACUAUUUCAUGUAAAAAUGCCACUGCAUCUAUGUCGAAAAGAUGUACGGCUUAAAUGGAAUUUUUUUAGUAUAGUGUUAAUGUUAUAUAAAAAGAGAAGAUAGUUCGAAGUGUGUACUCACCCGGAAGAUACGGUACAUUAGGUUAUCUUGGUUUUAAAAAUGCGAAGAAGUGUGAUAGGAAUGUUAAAAAAAGGUGCCACAGCACAUGUUAUGAUCAACACGAUACGGAGUUUGUAACAAAGCCAUUAUAAUCACUUCCAACAAGUUGGAAACUUCAAUAAUAUGUUAAACAAGGAACGCUCAUAAAUUCAAUUCAAGGAUUUGGCUUCAGUUGGCAGUGCAUUUUCCAAGAAAACAUACAAUCAUUGUAAAAUCCAAUUUAAAUACUUUUCUUGAAAACCUUGGUUCAAUCUCAGAAUCGCGUAUCACUCAGCUCACCAAUCCGAAAUGAUCCAGGCGAUGACAUUUUUGAUGACGCACUUUUCGACAUCCAAAGCCAAUAAAGCACGAAAAUGUAUUUUAAAGAUGCAUAGAAAAAACUUAAAAUAAGCUCAAUUGAAAUACAAAGGUGCAUAUUAAUACGAAUUGCACGCCCCUUUAAAAAUCUGACGAAAAUUGGGUUUGAACAGCUUUAUAACGACCAAGCUUAAAACAACAUUGCUAAGGAAAUAUGAGAUGAAAGAGCCCAAACGAACAAAAGAGAACUCAGAUUCAUGUCCAAUUUUAAAUUUUAUUGACGAUGUCAAUAUAUUUAUAGCCAAUAUUUCAGAUUAUCUGAGGCCCUAAGGCUCCUAUGAACAUCUCCUAUACCACUGACAUCCGCUGUGCACGCUCUCCCUGGCUUGUCUCAAUUAUUUUAGUUUAGCUCAAACGCCACUUCAAGCCACUUCACUUGUAACUCAAGGAAUGUUGCAGUGAUCGUGUUGAAUACUGUUCCUCUCCAAAUGCCCCCCCCACCUGCACGAAACACCGUAUACUUAUGAAAUACUCUUUCCACAGGAUUCAUUCUCACCGUAUUUGUACUGUUACAUUGCCAGUUAGUGAAAAGUCAUUUUAGAUGAAUGACAAUAUUGAAAUUGCGAACAAGACGAAUUCGAAUAAGCACUCUCUCCAAGAGUUAGUUCAGCAUUUCAAAAGAGAAAGUCAUAUGGAAACAAAGCAUACGCACCAGUCCACGUAGGGUCGCGCUGAUAGGGCAGAUCGCCACUCUGCGACGUGGGCAUCCAAAUGAUCUCGGAUGUGUUUCAUUUUGGGCAUGCGCUUUAGCUCCAAAAGCGAGAUUUUACUCGAGGUACCUCCGGGAACAGUUCCUUUCAACCUACACCAAUCUAAACUUCUAGUUGCAACCUGUCAUACGUUGGAUAGCAGAGAAUUCCCAUAUGAGUAUCUUUUAGCUCUGAGUAAAAAAUAAAUAUGCAAAGAUUAGUAUGAAAUUCAAGUAAACGUGAAUAGGCUGAGUUUAAUCAUUACUAAGGUCACUAAACAUGAAAACAGAAUUAGACAGAAAUGAUGGUUGAUAGUGGAACUGAUUUGGAUUUAAAUAACAUUUUACUAAAGUGACAUGUUUGUCAUUUUGUCUCUAUGUUCAUUGCUGAAGCGACAAAGGAUCUCUGCAUUUCCUAGUUUGUAUACUGGUUUCCAUGAGAGGUUUUCACCUCAAAAUAACAUCAUGCCUGUACAAUGCAUUUCAGAUUAUUCCAAGGGAUGUAAAAUAAUUUCCGAUCGCUUUUCACUCUGUCCUGCACUGUUUAACUUGAAAACAUGUCCUCAUUUUUUGUUCUGUUUUGUGUCCAUUAUUUUUAUGAUUUAUGUUUAUUUCUUCCUGGUUUUUGUUCAUUAUAAAAACUAUACGUUCGUAUUUCCUUUCCUUGUUUUGUUCUGUUUAUCCCCUCUUAUUCAGAAAUGCAAACUUACUGAAAGGUCACCAGGUUUAUAAACUAUAAGCGCUCAUCAGCAACUCUUUCACUUUCAGAGUUGCAUGAAAUUCAUGAAUGUGUAACAGUCAUUUUUAUCUGUCGAUGCUGGUGCAUAUAUUGGCUAGUAAAGUACUUUCCGUUCGCCACUUCAUGACAAGAACAAGAUGGAAACACUGGGUUUGUGUCUGUCAGUAGUGAUUCUAUAUUUCGGACCUGCUUCAGGUGAGUGUUGUAAAUAGCUAGUAAUUGUCGUGAAUAGUUAAGCAAAUAACAUUUAAAAGAAGAGAUCGUUGCAAUAAAUUCUGUUGAAAAUUUGUCUUUAUAAUUCUGUUGUAUGAAAUUGGUAUUUGAUUAUUGAAAAGGUAACUGAAUCUCGCAAAGUGUACUCAAUGAAGGCUUUGCUUUAAAACCAUGUUUCCCACUUUUCGUAGCCAAACUUUGAGUGCCAUUUCAAAUAUCCAUAUGCCAUAACACUUCACAGAUCUGUUUUUAAUGGCAAAGCCCGGCGGCGUGAGAUGAGAAUGGUUAUUUCAAAAUGAAGACAACUGUACAUAUUAUUGUUAUGUACCAUUUGGCAUUUAAUUUCCGGAAGCUAUUGUCGUGCAGAGCUCGAGAUUUGUUAUGUUAACCAACAAAAUAAUGCAAAUGAGUGAAUAAUGGGCGACUUGAAAUAUUUCAAGAACCUGUCAGUUGAAUGGUUACAUUUCCGUAAAAACUCUUGCCCUUGUAAAAACUCAUUGCAAAUUUCAAUUGAAAAUAAAUUCCGGCCAAAUUUGUGAGAAA